GACUUUGGAACGAAGUGGCUUUAAGAAAUUACUAAACUCCAGUUUCUCAAUUCUAAAUCUCUUUUUCAGGUUUGUAAGAGUUUCUGAAGAUAAACUAGUUCUCUCGACCUGAGCCUGGAGCUGUUCUUUAGGAGUUAGUGGACCCUCUGAAGACUGUCCCUGGGUCUGUUCUAUCUGAACUGUGGGAAGAAAAAAGAUAGUUGGUUAGUGGUAUUCUUCCUUGAAGGACAUCAUGUUUUCCAAACUAGCACAUUUGCAGACCAUUGCUGUCCUUCGUCGUGGAGUUCAUUCUUCAGUGGCUUCUGCUACAUCUGUUGCAACCAAAAAAACGGUCCAAGGCCCUCCAUCUUCUGAUUCCAUUUUUGAACGGGAAUCUAAAUAUGGUGCCCACAACUACCAUCCUUUACCUGUAGCCCUGGAGAGAGGGAAAGGUAUUUAUGUAUGGGAUGUAGAAGGCAGAAAAUAUUUUGACUUCCUGAGUGCUUACAGUGCUGUCAACCAAGGGCAUUGCCAUCCAAAGAUUGUGAACGCUCUGAAAAGUCAGGCAGACAAACUGACCUUAACAUCUAGGGCUUUCUACAAUGACGUGCUUGGCGAAUAUGAAGAGCAUGUCACUAAACUCUUCAACUACCACAAAGUCCUUCCUAUGAAUACAGGAGUGGAGGCUGGAGAGACUGCUUGCAAACUUGCUCGUAGAUGGGGAUAUGACGUUAAGGGUAUCCCGAAAUACAAAGCGAAGAUUGUUUUUGCAGCUGGAAACUUUUGGGGUAGAACAUUGUCUGCUAUCUCCAGUUCCACAGACCCAACCAGUUACGAUGGUUUUGGACCAUUUAUGCCCGGUUUUGAAAUCAUUCCAUAUAAUGACCUGCCUGCCCUUGAGCGUGCUCUUCAGGAUCCCAACGUUGCUGCGUUCAUGGUAGAACCGAUCCAGGGUGAAGCAGGCGUGGUCGUCCCGGACCCAGGCUACCUCAUAGGCGUGCGAGAGCUCUGCACCCAGCACCAGGUUCUGUUUAUUGCUGAUGAAAUACAGACAGGAUUGGGCAGGACUGGGAGAUGGCUGGCUGUUGAUCACGAAAAUGUCAGACCUGAUUUAGUCCUUCUAGGAAAGGCACUUUCUGGUGGUUUAUACCCUGUGUCCGCGGUGUUGUGUGAUGAUGAAAUAAUGCUGACCAUUAAGCCAGGGGAGCACGGUUCAACGUAUGGUGGCAAUCCCCUAGGCUGCCGAGUGGCCAUUGCAGCCCUGGAGGUUUUGGAAGAAGAAAACCUUGCUGAAAAUGCAGAAAAAAUGGGUUCCAUCUUGAGAAAUGAACUCAUGAAGCUGCCUUCUGACAUUGUAACUACUGUAAGAGGAAAAGGAUUAUUAAAUGCUGUUGUUAUUAGAGAAACCAAAGAUUAUGAUGCUUGGAAGGUGUGUCUGCGACUUCGAGAUAAUGGACUUCUGGCCAAGCCAACCCACGGCGACAUCAUCAGGCUUGCACCUCCGCUCGUGAUCGGGGAGGAUGAGAUUCAGGAGUCCGUGGAAAUCAUUAACAAGACCAUCCUGUCUUUCUGAGGGUGCGGACAGUUUUCAGUGGUGCCUGGGAGCCAGCUGGAGACGGGCAGUUCGUUGACCUCCUGUGCAAAGCUCUGCGCUUCUAUGCUUAGCACAGACAUACUCCACUCCCUGGGUCAAGGGCUUCUUAAAAAGAUAUAUUAUUAUUCAGUUCAUAUGUAAUAGAAUGACAUUUAUAAACAUGCCGUUUGCUGUGUAAUGUAACUCAGAGAGUGUCCUGGCAUCUGUGCCUGAUUAAGGGUUUUGUGUGCACGUGUGCUUUCUGAGGUGCGAUGCAUCUCUCUGUAUAUAGACGGCCUUCUAAUCAAGCCUUUCAGCAUAGUUUAUAUAUGUUUUUAUAAUUUCCCUGCUGGUAUAAAUGUUUGUAUUUGAAAAAGUUAUAUGAGGGUAUUGCAUAGAAGACUUAUUACCUAACCUUAGAAAGUUGGAUCAUAAUCAUUGAAUUUUAGGAAGUAUUAGUGGUUAAGCUAAUAUGAAAUAUUGGAUUUAAGGAGACUCCAUAUUGACCAACACCAGGGUGAAUUCUAUGAAUGUCAUUAUUCUGAAUUAAGAAUUAAUGUUUAACAUUCCUAGAUUAUGUUUUAAGUGUUUGGUAUCAUUUGUAAAGAGUGCUUAUUUCCAAUCUUUCUUUAAAUUUAAAAUAAAGCUCAUAUUUAAAAAGUCUA